AUGGGAGCUCUUGCACGAUGGGCCAAAAAGGCCGAGGUCAGACGAUCCGACGACAGCCCGACGCCGAGUUUCCUCGACAAUGACGAUCUACGUCCGCUACGACUGAAGGACCGAACGUGGGGUCGGCUUGUCUGGCUCAUGUUCUGGCUUUCGUCUGCCUCAUCCCCUGGAAAUUGGCAAGCGCCUGCUGCCUGCAUUGCCGCGGGUCUCUCCGCGUGGGAAACGAUCAUAGCCAUGCUGACCGGUCGCGCAAUCUUAGAGGCGCUCAUCGUGGCGAAUGGUCGUUGCGGUGCUGUGUAUCACAUGCCCCUGCCGGCUCUUAUUCGCAGCAGCUGGGGCGUGUACGGCGCCUGGUGGCCAGUGGUGAAUCGUGUAGUAAUUGGAAUAAUAUUCAUGGGCAUCACAGUUGCGCAAGGAGGACUUUGCGUUUACGUGACACUUCAUGCAAUCUUCCCAUCGCUGGAUAAGCUUCCGCUAGUUCUUGGCCCCGAAGAGGGCACCACCACUGGGCAGUUUAUUGGUAUCCUCAUCUUCUGGGUCCUCAUGCUGGGUGCUGACCUUAUUCCCGUACCAAAACUCAAAAGCACCAUUUACAUCAAGGUGGUGGUCUUCUUUGCCUCUGCUUUCGCCUUGCUUGGCUGGAUCGUGCACCUCGGCGGCGGCAUCGGCCCCGUUUUCACGGCCCCCAGUCGAGUGCAUGGCAGUGAGAAGGCAUGGCUCGUCGUACGCUUCUUCUUGCUCUUCAUUUCCAACAGCACGACCUUCAUCAUGAACGCAGCGGAUUGGCAGAGAUACUCAAAGAAGCCAAGCGACCCUAUUAUUAUGCAGAUGGUGGGUGGACCAAUUGCCCACGUGGUUAUCAGCCUAAUUGGAGCCCUGGUGACGUCCUCUGGAGCACUCAUUUACAAGAAGCCGCAAUGGAACCCGAUUCUUCUCAUUGAUCAGAUUUUGGCGGACAAUUACAACCCCAGAGUGAGAGCGGCGUGCUUCUUCCUUGGACUUGCUUUCACAUACUCGUCACUUGUUAGUGUCGUGUUGUCAAAUGGUCUUCCUGCUGGCAACGAUCUUGCGGGGUUGUUCCCCAAAUACAUCAACUACCGAAGAGGAACAAUUUUGGCCGGAUGUCUCUGCAUAGUAAUAUGCCCGUGGCGAUUGAUCGCUACGGCGACUGCCUUUCUCGCGUUUUUGAGUAACUAUGGCUUCUUCCUCUCUUCCUUCAUCGGCCCCAUGCUUGCGCAUUAUUUUCUGCUCGUCCGAGGCCACAUUAGCGUCGACGACCUCUUCACGUCCUCAAAAACGGGCACAUACUACUAUUGGAAAGGUAUCAACGUACGUGCAGCAGCGGCGUACGUGCUUGGGAUCGCGCCGUCUCUCUAUGGCUUUGCGGGGGCUCUCGGCGUCCCGGUUUCAGUCUCUGUGCAGCGAUCCUUCUAUUUUUCCGUCAUCAUUGGCAUCGGAAUAUCUGCCGGGUCUUAUAUUCUUCUAUGUGCCUUGUGGCCAGUUCCGCAACAAGUCCCCUUUGGCACCAAGGGGUGGCUCGAGCCGGACGACGUCAUUCGUCAAGAUGAUGUAUCGGACAAUUCGGCCUUGUCUGCCCAAGACGCGGACACCCCCCGGCAGCAUUCUCAGGGCAGUCACGAUGUGGAAAAGGGGGCAGCAAUGCAUGUUUAG